AGCGCUGGGUUUAGGGAUGAAAUAUACUUUUUAGGACCCAAGUUCCUCGGAAACGACUCCAGACUGGGAAGACCCUCCCAUUUUCAGGAUCGACGUUUCCUGUUGAGAGGAGGGCAUUCAGGACGCCCUAUUAAGGCGUCUCCUGACCCAUGGCCUUACUGAGCUUCUCACAGGACCAGGCUUGGAGCCUGGAGCCUCCAGCUCCCGCGGCUGCUGCCUCGUCCUUUUCCGGACCCCAGGAGGGGAAGGGAGCUGGAAGCCCCGCCGCUCCUGGGGCGCAGCCCCUGGAGAUAAACGGGUUCAUGGUGUGGAGCUCCGCUCAGCGCCUCCAGAUGACGUCGCAGAACCCUACGUUGCACAACUCGGAGAUCUCAAAGCGCCUGGGCGCGCGUGGAAGCUGCCGGGCAGGGACUAAUAGCGGCCCUUCGUGGAGGAGGCCAAGCGGCUCCGCGCCCCGCACCUGCGCUACGACCCCGACACAAGCACAGGCCUCGGUUCAACGCCAAGAGCAAGGGCGCCGGACCUUCCCGCUGCGGACGAGAGGAGGCAGCCUGGUUGGCGGUCCCCGCUCUAGGGGCCAGGAAACGCGACCACCUAGCGGAGCAGGUGCUCUGCUCUCACCCGCUUUCCACACAAACCCUCCAGCCCUCCCAGGGCUCCUGCCCUUUUCCCCUGCGCUUUCCUGCAGACACUCACCUGAACCCAGGGGCUCAGCAGACACUUCCCACUCCUCCCCUCACAUCCACUGCCACCUCCCAAGUCACAUCCUCUCACUCCCCAUCUCAGCCCAGCCCUGUCACCCCACAGGACUCCCUCACCUCCUCCCCCACCAACUGGCACCUUCUUCCCUUUGCCCAAGGACACACCCAGCAAACACACACCUAACUCCCCACAGAACCUGUGCAGGGGAAAUGGGACACACCAUGUCCCCCAUGAUGACCCUGGGAACCCUGGUGAGUAGAGGUGCCCACUUCUGCCCUUGGAUCCCAGAGCCACCUGAUUCCUCCUGGGGAGACAGCCUCAUAGAGAACACUGUGCAUGUUCCUGCAGCCAAACCUGUCUGGCUGCCUUUUCCCAAGGACAAAUAAUGAGAAGCAGACAAACUAGGAAAGAGGGGAAUUUAUUGCUGUAACCAGAUAGAGGGAGAAGACGGAGGUAAUUCCACCAGACCAGCUGAAAGUGUUACCAUUUUCUUAGUGCUUACAUAGGUUGGGGUUAUGUGCCUAUGUACAGUGUAGCUUUCGCCUAGGUCUAUUGGGAACUAAUUUUAUUUCACCUAGAAGGUCAGAGGCAAAAAUGCUCACUAAGUCCAAUUAAAAGGGCCCCAGUACCUUCAUCGCCUGUCUGCUGUUGUGCCAGGGUGAUUAUUUCUAUCUUAUCUCCUUUACAGCUUGGUCAGGAGAGCUGCCUUAGACUCUCCAAUGAAGCUAUUCAAACAACUGCCCCUGCUACCUUGACUUGUCUCAGAUACAGGUCCUGGCACUAGGAAUGAAGACUGUCUCUAUUGUUUUGGCUUGCUCCAGACACACACUGUCUCUCCUAUGACUUCAUCAUCACUCUUAAGUUUAGAUCUGAACCACAGUGGUAUGAAGUUCAAGGCAAGAUGGAUAAAAGGGCUUUUCUUCACUAUGACUGUGUUAACCAUAAGGCCAAAGCCUUUGGUUCCCUGGGAAAGAAAGUCAAUGUGACAAAACCUGGGAAGAACAGACUGAAACACUAAGAGAUGUGGUGGAUUUCCUCAAAGAGCAACUGCCCAACAUUCAAAUGGAGAAUGUAAUAC